UCAACAACUCAUGCGUUCGUUAACAUAGAGAAACUUUUAAAUGCGGUUUUUGGGAAAUUUGAGUAAAUUCACCAAAUUACUGAAUCGCAACCUUGUUCAGGAUAUUCCCAAGCGCAGGAUGGCCUGCAGCAGAUUCGAGUACGUCAAGUCCUUCGAGCAGGACGACAGCAUAUUGCCCAAUGUGUGGAUAGUCAUAAGGAUCGAUGGCAAAAAGUUCCACAAGUUCUCCAAGACGCACGAUUUCGAGAAGCCCAAUGAUGCGAAUGCUCUAAAUGUGAUGAAUGCGGCUGCGACUUCUGUAAUGCAGGAAUUCCGGGAUGUGGUGCUGGCCUAUGGCCAAAGUGAUGAGUACUCCUUUGUUUUCCGCAAGGAGACGACUGCCUUCAAGCGAAGAUCCGCCAAACUGCUCACCUACGUCACCAGUUUGUUCUCCUCGAGCUACGUGAUGCAGUGGUCCAGGUGGAUGAGCCAACCUUUGGCCUAUGCUCCCUGUUUUGAUGGCCGGGUGGUCCUGUAUCCCUCGGAGCAGAACCUAAAAGACUAUCUCAGCUGGCGACAGGCCGAUGUGCAUGUGAACAACCUCUACAACACGGCCUUUUGGAAAUUGGUCCUGGAAAAGGGUCUCUCCAAUCAGCAGGCGGAGGAGAAGCUGCGAGGGACAUUCUCGGCGGACAAGAACGAGCUGCUCUUCCAGGAGUUUGGCAUAAACUACAACACACUACCGGCCAUGUACAGAAAGGGAACGAUUCUACUCAGGAAAAGAGUUAAUUUAGGUGACAAGAGCCGACAGGCGGUGGUUCCACUGCACGAGGAUCUGAUUUCCUCGGCCUUUUGGAAGCAGCACACGGAAAUAUUAGGCAAAUAUGUGCCGGGCACCUAUGAGGCACCGCAAUCACUGCCCAGAUUGGUGGAAUUGCAGCUGAAUGACCAAAAUCUGGCCGGUAUUAGCUGAUAGUUGAUCUUUAGGCAAUAUAUUUUAAGAUUAAAACUAAGAUACUGCCUUAGAAA